CCUUGAGCAUUCUGGGACGUACAUUCCAAGCACAAAGUCGCCAGAACCCGCGCGGUGGAGGUGGUCGAGGAGGAAUCAACCCCGGAGAUCGACAGAGACUCAGUGAAGAAGCAAGGCGAGAGCUCCACACGUUGCCGGCGCCCCGGGGCUCACCAUGAACUUGAAGGUUGUGUUCGCUGUCUUGGCCGUAGCUCUGGUAGCGAUCAUCGCUCUCAACUGGAUCCUGCUGGUGGGGAUGUCGAGGUCGGCCGCGUGUCAGGUCCGAGACCCCGGCGAGCAGCUCAGUGAGAUGAUGGAGCAGCGGCGGCAGAAGGAGAUGUUUGCGGACCUCAAUUCCUUGGAGCUGAGGCAGGUGGUGCGCUACCUGGAGCAGAACCUGGCCGUGACCCUGGUGAACUGUAGCCAGGCAUUGCCGUCCCACAACUCCAUCUUCAUGGUCGAGCUACAACUUCCCCGCAAAGACGACGCCUUGAGGUUCUUGGACCAGGGGGGCGACCCGCCAAGGAGAGAGGCCAGGGCUGUGGUGGUCUUUGGUGCUCAGACUCGGCCCAAUGUAACCGAGUACACGGUGGGACCUCUCCCUGACCCGACCUACCAUGUGGAUGUCUCCUCUCACACCUACAAGAGCCUCCACUUCAACUCCAGGCCUAUAACCUUUACUGAAUAUAAAACUAUCAUGUCAACUGUGGGCUUGGAGAAGGUUUUGGAACUACUCGAGGAAAGUUACGGCGCGGACGGGAUGCCCCCAAUAUAUUUAGACUCAUCCCCUCGCGGAUUUAAGUUGGGCGACAGGGAAACGUGGUUUUACUCGUCGAAGAACCACAGCGAUCACUUUAUGCACCCUCUGGGGUUUGAGGUACUGGUGGACCACAGCAGCAACAACAUCUCGGAGUGGAAGGUGAGGAAAGUACUUUACAACGGCCAAUACUUUGACACUAUUGAUGAACUGGUGACUCAGUACAACAAGGGGUCUGUGCGGAAGACCCAAAGGAAGUAUUCGGACCCCAACUACGCCUCGCUGAGACCUCGCCAGAAGUUUCAAACCUACGGCCCCCUCCAGUUCGAGCCACAGGGGCCAAGAUACCACGUUGUAAACAACCACGUUCGCUACUUUGACUGGGAGUUCGCGUUCCGCCACAGUCCCGCCAGCGGUUUACAGCUGUUUGAUAUCCGAUUCAGGAAGGAGCGGGUGGUCUACGAGUUGAGCGUCCAGGAGGUGAACUCCGUUUACGGCGGAGAGGCGCCAGCUCUGAUGAGGUCCAAGUUCUUGGACACUCAUUAUGGAAUUGGGAAAAAAUCCAAUGAGCUGGUGAAAGGCGUGGACUGCCCUUACAGCGCCACUUUCGUCCACACUCUCCAUCUCAUGGAUAGCGACCAACCGCAGCGGAUCAGGAACUCCAUUUGUAUCUUUGAGCAAAAUCGGGAGAUUCCUCUGAGACGUCACUUCUCCAGAAGGUUCAUGACCCCAUCUUACGGCGCGUUACUGGAUAACGUGCUGGUCGUGCGAUCAGUGGCGACUGUGGGCAACUAUGAUUACAUCUUUAAUUUCGUCUUCCACAACAAUGGGGUGAUUGAGACCAAGGUGUCUCCCACGGGCCACGCUCUAACCUCAUUUACUUCCGAAGGGGCAACUCAGUACGGAGGAAAAUUUGGAGAGAACGUUGUGGGCAACGUUCACACUCACUUCCUGCACUUCAAGGCUGACCUGGAUAUAUUGGGUAGGUGACAAUGCAUUUCAAACGUUCUACGUUGAAGUAUAUUUAAAAUAUAUAUUAACCUUGCGUCCGUUGCAAAGUAUUCUGUCUAAGGAUACAAAUGAUACAUAUUCAGUAAUGACACCGAUCUUACUUCAUUGGUGAAAUGGUGACAAAUAUCGAGCAUGGGAGCCUUUGUUGAACAAACUGAGCGGUUCUGGGGAUAGAGAUUUGGAAAUGACUGGCCGCCUUGAGUCUUGGUUCUUUGGAGAAGUUUGCUUCUUCACAUAAACAUCUGUGUUAUGUAACCAGGCAGCUGAUAAUAGUGGCUAAUAUCUUCGAUAGUUUAACCCAAUUCACCACGAAGCAAUGUCGUUGCUUAUCGACCAGUCAACGAUGACAACAAUGUCACAAAAACAGUCAAGUCUUGCAAAUGUGUUGUAGAAUACUCAUGCCAGGCCACUCAAGAAUGACAAUUCCAUUCAACCUGGCCUGAUUACAAUGGACCAUUAAACCUGUCAUGAAAUAUGUGUUAAGCAAAGGAAACGCGAG